AUGGCUCUCGUCAACGUUCGUCGCGAUGUCAGCGAUGCCUUCUACCGCUACAAGAUGGAGCGCAUCCAGACCAAGAUUGAAGGCAAGGGUAACGGUAUCAAGACCGUUGUCGUCAACUUGUCCAGCGUCGCUCAGUCUCUUGCUCGCCCUGGUUCCUAUGUCAUCAAGUACUUUGGUUUCGAGCUUGGUGCUCAGACCAACAUUGACCCCAAGGACGACCGUUGGAUCAUCAACGGCGCCCACGAUGCUGCCAAGCUGCAGGACCAUCUCGAUGGCUUCAUCAACAAAUUCGUCCUCUGCAAGAAAUGCAAGAACCCUGAGACCGAUGUCAUCAUCAAAGAUGAUCACAUCAUCCUCGAUUGCAAGGCUUGCGGUCAGCGCACCGACGUUGACCUCCGCUUGAAGCUUAGUGGAUUCAUCCUUAAGAACCAGCCCAAGAAGGGCAAGAAGGACAAGGCUGAGCGCCGAGCUGCCAAAAAGGCCAAGCAGAAUGGCCAUGCCAAGGAGAAUGGCGCCGGCAGCGGCGAAGAUGGCUCUGAGCACGGCUCCAACGAGACUGGCGACAACGAGGCCGACGUCGGCAGCGAUGACGAGUUCCAAAAAGUCCAGGCCGAGGCAAUUACCGCUGCCAACGCUGAACACGAGAUCAAGGAUGAUGAGUGGGCUGUCGACAUGAGCGCGGAAGCCGUCAAGGCCCGCCAAGCACAGCUGCCCGGCGAGCUCAAGCAGAAGCUCAACAUUGGCGGCGACGACGAAGACGAGGACGGCGAGGGUGGUGGCAACACCGUCUACGACGACCUUGGCAACUGGAUUGUCCAGGAGGCUGAAGAGAAGGGUGGCGUUGACAAGGUCGACUCCAUCAACAUUUAUGUCAAGGCCAAGGAGCUUGGCAUCGAGAACAAGCACCGAUCUGUUCUCGUUCUGGUGCAGACCGUCUUUGACAAGAACAUCCUUGCCCAGAUUCCCAAGCGCGCAAGCAUGCUUAAACAGUUUGUUACGUCUGAGAAGCAUGAAAAGGCCCUGCUCGGUGGCACUGAGCGCCUCGUCGGCACCCUCAGCAAGGAGCACCCCGAAUUGCUGCAGCAAGUCGCCAAGAUCCUGCAGCUGUACUAUGAGCAUGAUCUUGCUACCGAGGAAGUCCUCAUCCCCUGGGGCUCCAAGGCCAGCAAGAAGUACGUCGACGUUGCUACUUCUCGCAAGGUCCGCAAGGCUGCUGAGCCCUUUAUCAACUGGCUCAAGGAGGCCGAAGAGGAGGAAUCCUCUGAAGAGGACGAGUAA